AUGAUGAAACCUGUUGACGAGGCUGAACUCUGCUUUCCACAGCUCCUCAACUCCUCCUGCAGGAAGACCAUGCGUCCUCACUCAGUAUCCAUGCUCAUUUACAUCAUUCUGUCCUGCAUCUCCCUUUUCACUGUGACUCUUAAUCUGCUGGUCAUCCUCUCCAUCUCACAUUUCAAGCAGCUCCACAGCCCCACCAACCUCCUCCUCCUCUCCCUGGCUGUCUCUGAUUGCUUUGUGGGUCUCCUCGUAGUCUUUCAAAUUCUGCUCUUAGAUGGCUGCUGGUAUUUCGGUGACCUCAUGUGUGUUCUGUAUAAUAUUUUCAACUAUGUGAUUACCGCUGCCUCAAUAGGGACCAUGGUGCUCAUUUCAGUCGACCGCUACGUAGCUAUUUGCUACCCUCUGCAUUAUCCCAGCAAAGUCACGCUGCAAAGAACAAAGAUCUGUGUUGCACUGUGUUGGAUAUGUGCUGCUCUCUGUCACUGUCUGAUACUGAAAGAUAACCUCAAACAGCUAGGGAUGUAUAACUCCUGUGCUGGGGACUGUGUGAUUGUUCUACAUUAUGUUGCUGGAUAUGUAGACCUGUUUUUGUCCUUCAUUGGCCCUGUCUCUGUCAUUAUAGGGCUGUAUGUGAGAGUAUUUGUGGUGGCUGUGUCUCAGGCUCGUGCCAUGCGCUCUGAUAUCACAGCCUUCACUCCGCAGGGCUCAGUCAAUGUAACUGUUAAGAAAUCUGAGAUGAAAGCAGCCAGGACUCUAGGUGUUGUUGUAGUUGUGUUUCUAAUAUGUCUCUGCCCAUAUUUUUGUGUUACACUAACGGGUCAGGAUGUUUUGCUCAAUAGUACAUCAAUGGCCUUUGUGAUAUGUCUGUUCUACUUCAACUCCCUCCUCAACCCUCUAAUCUAUGCUCUUUUCUACCCCUGGUUUAGGAAGUCUGUUAAACUAAUCAUUACACUUCAGAUACUGAGGUCUGACUCCUGUGAUGCUCAAAUAAUGUAG